AUGGACGAAGUGUCACACCUCCCAAAUGGGAACUUGAAGAAUAUGGAGUUCACACCCGUAGGAUUUAUUAAAUCCAAACGAAACUCUACGCAAACGCAAAUUGUAUCGCCAACUAAGGUUCCAAACAUUAAGGAUGGUGAUGAAAACGAAGGCCCUGCCAGGAAAAAGCAAAGGACAAGUAUUGAUGAUACCAUUGACUCUACAAGGCUGUUUAGUGAGGCCUCACAAUUUGAUGAUAGCUUUCCAGAAAUUAAAGCUAACAUUCCGCCCAGUCCAAGGUCAGGAAAUGUUGAUAAAAGCCGCAAAAAAAACUUGAUUGAUGAUUUGAAGAAAGAUGUACCAAUGUCACAGCCUUUGAAAGAACAAGAAGUCAAAGAACACCAGUUGAAGAAAGAGAGAUUCGAGCGCGCUCUAGAGAGCAAGUUACUGGGGAAAAGACACAUAGCAUACACACAAUCUGAUCUUUCCAAUAAAGAGCUCUACAUCAAUGAAAUCAAAAGUUUAAAGCACGAAAUUAAAGAAUUGAGGAAAGAAAAAAACGAUAGUCUUAAUAAUUAUGACAUCCUUGAAGAAGAAACAGAUGACUUAAGAAACAAAUUACAAGAACUGAAAAACGAACUAAACACCAAAAACAAACUUGUGAAUUCGAAAAAGGUAGAAGAUCACUCUGGGUGCAUAGAAGAGCGUGAAAGAAUGGAAAGAAAAUUGACUGAAUCAGAAAAAAAAUUGAAAACAAUGAACGAUCAGGUACAUGAAUUAGAAAAUAAUGCGAACGUACAAAAUUCACGUGUGAAAUCGAAGGAAGAUGAUUUGAAAAGAUUACUGAACCAGUUAAACGAGUCAAAAAGCAGUGCAGAAGAAAAAGAUAAACAAUUGGAAUCUAAGAACAGUGAAUUGAAGAAACGAACAAAUGAACUAAAUGAAUUAAAAAUCAAGUCUGAUGAGGUGGAUACACUGUUACAGGAAAAAAAAAGUGAAUCAGAAAGAUUGACAAAUAGAUUAUAUGAACUUGAAAGUAAGCUCAAUGAAAAUGGCUCACAAUCUUCUGCCAAAGAGAAUGAAUUGAGAGAGUCAAGAAAAAUAAUAGCUCAACUAGAAGAAAAAAUAAACGCGAAAAGCUCACAAUUGACUGAAAAAGAAAGUGAACUGGGGUCAUUAAUGACUCUAAUAACUGAACUAGAGAAUAAACUCAAUCAAAAGGAUUCACAGUUGGGCUCAAGGGAAGAAGAGCUAAAAACUAUCAAUGAACAGUUACAAAGAGAUGUUAAGAUUGCAAGACAGGAAACUGCCUCAAGAGAUGAACAGGUAUCAGACUUGCAAACCAAGAUUCAAAAGUUAGAAAAUGACUUAUUUGUAAUGAAAAAAACGCACAGCGAGUCUAAAUCUCUCGCUAGUAGUGAAUUAGAAUCUAAAGAGAAACUUAUCAAAACUUUAGAGAAUGAUUUAAAAGUUGCACAAGAGAAGUACUCUAAAACAGAAAAAGAACUAAAAGAGAGGGAGUUCAAGUAUAAAAUUUCAGAAUCAAACUUGGAAGAUGAAAACACCAAGCUGAAUAAAAAAAUCUCAACCUUGGUCACAGAAAACUCACAGCUAAAAAUCAAACUAGACGAAGAAUCGUCAGCUGCUUACCGUACGAAAGAAAAUUAUCAGACACAGUUAGAUUCAUUAAGGAAAGAAGUUGAAGAAUAUAGGAAAAGUGCAGAGGAAUCUGAGGAAAAGGCAGAGGAAUUAAAGAUUAGAAUUUCGGAAAAUUCUGCCAAAGUAUCAGAAAAGAGAUCAAAGGAUAUAAAAAAGAAGGAGGAGCAAAUAAAUGAACUCACACACCAUCUGAAACUUCAAGCAGAUGAAAUAAAUUCAUUAAAGACCAUAAUAGAUAAGUACAAGAAAGAUUUUAAUGAGUCAAAAUCUGAAGAAAGUAAUAUUCAACGUGACUUAAAUCUACAGAUACUCAAUCUAGAAAACAAAUUGAUAGAGAGCGAAGAUGAAUUACGAUCGCUUAAAGAUUCUCAGAGAAUUGAAAUAGAAAACUGGAAAAGAAAAUACAACAAUCUAUCUCUAGAAAACGACAGAUUAUUGGCAGAAAAAGAUUCCACAUUGGACAAAGAACACGAAGUGUCCAUUUUAAACAGAAAAGUUGAUGAGUUAAAUAAAGAAAAAUGGAACUUACAAGAGUCUAAAGAAAAAUAUAAACGUGAACUACAAAAAGUAAUUACCGCCAAUGAACGCUUGAGAAGAGAAAAAGAAGAACUGAAUGAGAACGGCAAUAAUAUCCGUGUCAUGGAAGACAAAAUGACCAGAAUAAAAAAGAGUUAUCUUAGUGAAAUCACUUCCUUACAAGAGGAAAAUAGAAGGCUUGAAGAACGUCUCAUAUUAAACGAGAGACGUAAAGAUGAUAAUUCAAUAAUGCAAUUGAACGAAAUUAUAAGUUAUUAUAAAUUGAAGUAUCACACAGAAGUAAGACAUAAUAACGACCUAAAAGUGAUCAACGAUUAUUUAAACAAGGUGCUUGCACUGAGUACUCGCCGUUUAAGGUUGGACACAAGGAAGGGUGAGCAUAGCUUAAACAUUUCAAUUCCGGAUGAUGACGAGUUAGAUCGCGACUACUAUAAUAGCCAUAUAUAUACGAGGUAUCAUGACUAUGAUUACCCCCUUAGAUUCAGUUCGAAUAGAAGAGGCCCAUAUUUCGAGCGCCGUCUAAAUUUCAAAACAGUUGCUCUUUUAGUGCUCGCUUGUGUGAGAAUGAGGAGAGUUGCUUUUUACAGGAGAUCUGAUGAUGCUAGACUGCGAAUACUUAGAGACAAAAUUGAGAGCAAUAGUGGACGUAUAUCCUGGUAG